CGAUUCCUUGGAGCUCGAGUCUGCAUGAAUUCCCCGGACUCCUUGUUUCUGCUUCUUCUCCGCUGAUGCCGCGUUCCUCACGCGCUUUCCCUCUGCAGGAUUGCUAGCAUUUCCCCGGCGUUGGGCAUCAUGACAGAACGGAGCGACUUCUGCAACGGUUCAAAGAAUUCCUUUUAAGCGCAGCCCCUUGCACGCUCCCGUGCCCUCAAAACCCGUUGCGGCAACAGUGGCAGGCCUGGACAAUCUUUUGCAAUGCCUGGUCUACCUGCCAGUAUUGAUCUUGAUGAAUGCAUCGCCCAACUGUACAAGAAAAACCUUCUGGCCGAAUCCCUGAUCGAGGCAAUAUGUGCAAAAGCAAAGGAGAUGUUGAUGAAGGAGAGCAAUGUGGUCCAUAUCUCGGCUCCUGUCACGGUCGUCGGCGACAUCCACGGCCAGUUUUUUGACAUGUUGGAAAUCUUCAAGAUCGGAGGCUUUUGUCCAGAUACCAAUUACCUUUUCCUCGGCGACUACGUAGACCGUGGUCUAUUCAGCGUCGAGACGAUUUCCCUUCUUGUUUGCUUAAAGUUAAGAUACCCCCAGCGCGUCCAUCUCAUUCGAGGCAAUCAUGAAUCACGAGGCGUCACGCAAUCUUACGGCUUCUACACGGAAUGCGCACGAAAAUACGGCAAUGCAAAUGUUUGGCACUAUUUCACCGACAUGUUCGAUUUCCUUACCCUGAGCGUGGUCAUCAACAAUCAGAUCUUUUGUGUCCAUGGCGGCCUUUCACCAUCCAUUCACUCCAUCGACCAAAUCAAAAUCAUUGACCGAUACCGAGAAAUCCCCCACGAAGGACCUAUGGCGGACUUGGUAUGGUCAGAUCCCGACCCGGAGCGAGAUGAGUUUUCGCUUUCGCCGAGAGGAGCUGGAUACACAUUCGGGGGAGAUGUGGUCAAGAAGUUCUUGCAAGUCAACAGCAUGUCACAUAUUCUUCGUGCCCAUCAGCUGUGCCAGGAAGGUUAUCAGGUCUUGUAUGACGAUCGUCUGAGCACAGUCUGGAGUGCGCCGAACUAUUGCUAUCGUUGCGGGAAUCUGGCCAGUGUUCUUGAAGUCAGUGAUGCGGGCGAUCGCUACUUCAAUAUCUUCGACGCGGCACCAGAAAAUGAUAUUCAUCGAAACGAGCAGCAGCAGCAGCAGCAACAGACGCAGGGAAAAGAUGGUCAAGGCUCUCACAUUGAGUACUUUCUCUAGUAUUUGGAUCAUCUGAAUCGUUCGGUGAUAUUGAAGGCUCUAAGGCAUCACGCACAGCAAAAUCUCUCAAGCCCGUUGCGACAAAUUCGUGGUCGACAUAACUCUCGAUUGCUGAAGGCUCGAGGGCAUGGAUCAUCAGCAUGACACAAGCUUCAGUUCCAAGCCGGCUAUGCUGAAAAAUGGAUUUGGUGCCCUAAAAGGCGACUCCCCGAUCACUUCCAGUCCUUGGAAAUAUCGAAGGACCAGUGGAACUCGAGAUGUGUAUGGUCGUCGUCAUCCGCAAAUCUGGUGCUUGCCUCGUAAUGGCCACGAGCCAGCAUGCCGGAAGGAGCCUCUUCUUCGGUGAACUUCUUUUCAUAUGUGGGCUUAUCAGUGGUGUUGGGCGCAAAACUGCCAAUCAUCUCCUGGUCCUUGCUGACACGGAUACCUUUUCGCUUGACAACUUGGAUGUACUUGAGGCCGGAAAGGACCUGGUGGUGCACAGUGAAGAUGGCCUUCAUGCGGUACUUGCAGCCUUCUUUGAUCGUGAAUGGGUGUUUGUUAAGAGUUUCGAGGGCGCCGGGUUGAGUCAGAUCGAUGGUUAUAUCUGGUCGGCCUUCGACUUCCUUUGGUUCUUGUCAGACCCCGUAAAGAAUUUGUGGGUUUGGAUGGGCUCACCAAGGCAAGAGAUUUAAUGAUGCAUGUACGUGGGUCGUUUGGGUCGCCGAUCAUCGUGCCGGAGCCUAGGCCGAGUGAUUCUUUCCAUCGUUUCAUGGCAUCGUCGGUUUGGUCUGAGAGGAAUCGAGGAGGUCAGUGUUUGGUCACAAAGCAGAUUGAAAAGAGAACACGGGUCCUGUCUUAAGAGGCGAUGGUGAUGGUAGUUGUCUCAAAACCCCUCUGGACAUUCUUGCAUUCUCCGUCUUCCUUCUAUCCGUGAUGUUGACAACAAGAUUCCAUGCAGACACUCGUUGAGGUGGCGGACAGCAGGUCAACUCACCCAGUUUCUGAUAUUCCUCCAACGUCUUCUUCUCCCCCACCUUAAACCCUGGGGUGUGUUCGGCUUGCAGAUCGUCCGCCAUGUUCGCUGACAAGAGACGGUGUUAUCGGUGCAGUGUUUCCAGCCACCAGAGUUAUCGUCGUUGAGUUCUUUGGACAACUGUGCAACGACCGAGAGGAAAUUGUAAAGUGUAUGGAGGGGCAGGACAUUUGAAACCGUUUCAACGCUGACCUGAGGCUGGAGCCCAAGGUCGGUGGGCGGUUUGUGGCGGUCUGGCCGCAGAAUAUCACGCUAGUGCCAAAGUAGAAAAGCGCGUCGCGUUCACGUCACUUGCCCGCUGCUCGAAUGAUUGAUAAGUGAUUCUCCGC